CGCUUCCCAGGCGGGGCCCCACCCCUUCCCGGUUCUAGCCCGCGAUCGGGCCGGAGGCGAGGGUAGGUUGGUUUCCUGCCCGGAAUUUGCCGCUGGCUUCUCCUCUAUACUCGAUCCAGUUCUCUAGUGCUGGGCUGUGCGGCGCGGAGCCGGCGGUGGAGCCCACGGAGGAGCGGGAGCUCUGGGAUACACACACGCUGACCCCGGAGACGCGCUCGGCCGCGGGAGCGAGCGAGGUGGCCCAGGGCCAGGGUGGAAGUGGGGGUCGCUUGGGGUUAGGGGUGUGCGUACUAGCCAUCAGCCCUCCGCAUGCAUGCUCCCUUCCUUCCAGUCCUCGCCGCCACCACCUUGCCCAGGUCGGAAAACCCUGCUUUUCUUGGCUAUUCUGCGCCGGGGAGAGGGCAAAGUGAAUGGGAAGAUGGAGAUGGAUGUUGAGGGAGUUUCUCCGCGCCCAGAGCCCAUCCCCCGCUCCCAGGGGGCUGGCGGAGCCUGCCAGGCGCCGCCACAGCCGCCCCAGCCCCAGCCCCAGCCCCAGCCCCAGCCGCAGCAGCAGCAGCAGCAGCUGGCUCAGGAUGAACUACCCGGCGAGAGUGCAGGCGCUGAGGACAGCGACGAUCCGGAGGCGCGACCCAACAGCGAGAAGGGAGAGAGCAAGGAUACAGAGGCUUUCCUGAGGAGCCACCAAAGUGUUUGGAGCCUUGUGAAGGGAGAACCAGAAGCGAAGGUCAAACAGAACAGCAGCUCCUCUGAAGACCAAUUUGAUAAUGCUUGAUAAUGCUUUCCCAAUAAGGAAAGAGCUUGUCACAGAAGCACGAUCAGCUAUUACCUCUGAAAUCAAAAAGAGAAGAAACAGGUUAAAUCUCUUGGGAGGGUGAUUUAAGUUACCUAACAUGAAAUCAUUUCCUGUUAGUGUAGGCUAUUAAGCUUUGAAAUGUGUUCCUGGGUGUGACUUUGGAGUCUUAUCUGGAGACCUUUAAGCAUUUUUAGAAUGUCUUUUGGCAGAGGUGGUUACGUGGACUUGUAUUAGAAUGAGAUGCUCCUCUCCGUGACCUCAUUGGGCUGUUGCUAAGUGUAUGAAGUCACUCUUCAACCUGGGAGAUGUGCCAUUACUCAAGGUUUAUUGUACUUUGUUCAGGUGAUUAUCAUUUAAGCCCAUUUUCUGUGUAUCUUUGUGUGAAUCACUCUAUAGAGUAGAUUGAAAUCUGAAGUUAUUUUUCCACUUCAAUUCCUUUGUCCAUGAAUAGUGCUUCUGUGAGAAAAGAGAUCAGUGUUGUUUAUUUUUGCUACUUUUGUUUUCUUAUAGUGGGAAGCUUUUUCUAUCAAUACAAAUUCCAAUUCUUUAUGAAAGAUCAGAGUUAGUCACAUAUAAUCUGUAUAUCCAGCGUUACUCUAAAUGACACCAUUUUCAACCUCCUGCAAAAAUCACUUUGAUUCUAAUCUGUUUCUUCAUUUCUUUUAUUUUGGGCUUUCUUUAGAAAUAUUUUCCUGUUUCCUUUUUCUUUGGGGCUAAAUGCCUGAAGGAGAAAGUAUAGGCGGACAGCUGAAUAUUUUUUUCUUUUCAAUAAAAGAUCAUAGAAGGUGCCUGAGGAGAUUUAGACCUCAGGAAAACUAAAAUGAGCCUUUUAAUUCACUCUUCUGGGACUAUUUUACUAUUUUUUUUGGCCUUUGUGAGCCUCUUCUUUCUUUCCUUUAAGUAUUUUGUCACUGAGAACUAAUUUCAUUUUCUAGUGCUACGAUGAUGGCAAGAUGUGAUUAAUAAAUGAAGAAGGGAGGGGUUUGGAAUCAAGGAAAUAUGACCACAUCGUGUUGGAUUUUCGGCACGGAAGCCUUUAUUCAAUUGUGGAAAAUAUUUAAAGGGUAGCUAAGUUCUUCUGCCUUUUUGGAUUUCAUGUGAAAAAUAUGACAGUAGGGAACAGCCAACUGCCCCCCGAAAGGUCUCUAAUUUUUGGUACCCUUGACUGUAUCUUUUUCCAAACUGGUAUGAAAAUUUAUAGCGAGCACCAGAGGGCUAUGUACCUUUACUUAAAAUAAAGAUAUUGGUUUCACCAGAAAGAGACCAUUGUGGGAAACACCGGAUCAGUCGGAAUCAGCGCAAAUAUGCACAAUGAGGAAAGAAAGAAGCUCAUCGACCUGGGGCUUUGGAGACCUGUACUGUGUUCCUGACUGCCUGGAACUGGCUCUGAGGCCUUGGGCAACUCGUCGUCAUCCUGGGCUUUACCGUACUAGUAGAGGAACUAGUCUGAGAGUCAGGUAUCCUAACUUCUCCUUUAUGGCCUGUUGCUAAUUUACUGGAUGUAUACUUGUGUAAGCAAGACUUUCUCCCAUCAUUUUCUCAUGUGUAUAAUAAUAGGAAUAUAUCCUUCCAAAUUACAGACACAUUCAGGUAAGCAUUUAGUAUCAAGGAUUAUACAAUUUUCUUAAGUGCCCCUAAGUGCUCUGAGUGUAUUUUAAGUGUCACUUUUGAAAUCACAAAAGAAGUCUGAAUUUGUGGAAGAGGAAAUGGGUGUUGAUGAUUGCUAAAAUCCUGGAUUAAAAAAAAAAAAUUGAAUCACUGAGUGGUGAACCAACUCAUAGGCAGCAAAUGAUUACUUGGUUGAAAACCCAGCAGGUAGACAUAGGGCAUGUGGGAAAAAUUAAGAGGUAAAAGACAAAGAAUUAGGGGUAGCGUUCCUCUCUGCUGAGUUGGCAGGUCCAGGAGAAGUUGAAAAGUUGGGUGAGAUGUAGCGUCUUCUAGAGAAGGCUUGUGUGUUUAUUGUCCUUCCCCAUGUAAGGCCUCUCUCUUGUUUUUCGUUCUUUUUCUAGCUUUAAUCUUUGACCCUCCGUAAUCCUUUUCAACUCUCCUCUUUCACAUAGACACCUACUCUAAUGUGUUUUCCUUAAAGAUACCCAUAAAAUGUGUCAUCUUGUUUUGUGUUUUAUACUAUGGUUCUCAUUCGAUUGCUUAUUUUACUCAAAACUAUGUCUUUAUUAUCCACUCAUGUUGUGUACAGCUGGUUUGCUUCUAACAGCUGCAUAAUAUUCCAGGUGCACAGCCACCAUAUUUUACUGAUUCGUGUCCCCAGUGGUAGGCAUCCAGAGUGUCUCCAACUCCCAGCUACCACAAGCAAUGCUCCAUUGUGUCAGAAUGUCUUUGUGGGUAUAUAUUUGGGAUUGGAUUGCCUGGUUAUAGCAUAUAUACAUAGUGUAAAUA